UAUUUAAGCGGUGCGCAAUGCCGAAUAGGACAUCACAUUCAAUCACAACGUUGAACAGCCAAGAUCAGUCUACCAAGCAACCAACCAACUAAACAGCAAAAAUGGCCUACGAAACUCUGAUGAACACCACCUACACCGCCACUCCUGUCUGCCAGAAGAAGACCUACACCCCCGCCAAGGCCAUGAAGAAGAUCUUCAAGGUGGCCAGCAAAAUCUUCAGGGCAUCGGGUCACCACCAGCAACUGAAGAACCACAGCAUGCCGAAGGAGCUCCCACUGCCCACUUCCGAGGAGGAGCUGCAGAACUCCCAGAACGAACAACUGGAAGCCGAGCUCGUCCAACUGUGAUCGAGGAAAAUGGGAAAUCCGAAAAAACAAACCCACUUCCCAAUCAGCUUUAAAGACUCCAACGGAAUCGGUCUCUAAACAUCCGCAACAGCUUUAACUCUCCACACUGUGCAAGUGGAGAUUUUAAAAUGAAAUGCACAAAUCAUCAGCUUUAAUCAUUGUCUUCCAUCUAUGUUUAAGAGAGUAUGAAUAAAUACAUAAUAUUAAUACCGAAA